UAUGGAUCUCCAUUCUAGGUGUACCAGACGGUCUUGAAAGUGAGAAACGAUUCCAGCGUCCGUGGUUGACGUUAGAGCCACUGUUAUGGGUAAAUGCACUUCAUUCAAGUGGUUGCGUUAGGUGCUGGUAUCAACGUGUGCUGCGUGAUUGGUCCAAGUUUGCUAAACCAGCAGCAGCAAACAGAACAUGAUCGAUGGUUAAAUCGAUCCACAAGUCUUGCUAAUGCAGGAGCCAAAUUGAUCGUAUGGUCCGAGGAAACGGGAUCCGCGAGCAGUCCAAAGGAAGAAGCUGAUCUGCUUGAAAAGGCCCGAGAUCUUGCCCUGGAAAAACAAGUGUAUCUUGCUCUUACUUAUGACAAGGACGACGAAACCAACAUUUUGGAGAACAAGUUGGUUCUAGUAACGCCAAAGGGUGAAAUUGCCAUUAAUUACAAUAAGGCCCAUCCCGUACCAUUCGUUGAGCCACAACCGGCGAAAAAAGAAGAAAUCCAAUACGUGGAUACGCCAGAGUUCGGACGUGUCGGUGCUGCAAUCUGCUUUGAUUACAACUUUCCGUGGUAUAUCCGUCAAGCGAGUAGACAUAAUGUUGAUGUAAUGCUGCAGGCAUCAUGGACAUGGGGCCCUAUAGGAACGUAUCACGCAAAUAGCAACAGCUUACGAGCAGUAGAAAACGGAAUCACUGUGCUCCGCUGUGGAUCGCAAAGCUUGUCCGGUGUUUUUGAACCUACAUUGAACGGCAUCUUUUCUCAGCAAGUAGCUGUUACGAACGAUGCAGAGUAUCUAUUCUAUUUACCCAUCCAGAAGCGCAGCAAGACUUUGUAUGGCUUUACAGGAGAUUUGUUUGGAUUUUCAUGUUUAGCUUUAGGAUCGGCAGCGACACUCUAUCUUAUCUAUGAUGCUGUUGUGAAAUAUCGCCGGGGCGGUCAAAUCCAAGUGUAGCUACUAUCUUUACAAGUAGAAGUAAAAGAGACUCCUUUAACACACAUUACUGAACAACCAAGCAUAUCAACCAUUGGUCACCCAGAUGUCAUACUAUAUGCGUUAGUACA